ACGUUGAAACAAUUAAAAAGUACUUCAAGUAUGUAAUAGAUAGAUGAAGGCAUGUGGCCUAUCCCAUGCCUUAAUUGCCCUCUCUUGCGGUUGACAAAUCAUUAAUCAAUCUUCCUACCCACCACAUAUUUUCAAUUCAUCUAUAGUCACUAUUUAAGAAAACCCCUUCAGCCUUAGUUUACCAUUCCAAGUACAUCUCUUUAAUUUCUUUCUUGAAACAUUCGACUAAUUGUCAUUAAGUUAAACUUAGCUGAGUUAAUUAUCAGAUCUAAACAGCCAUUAGUGUUAUCAAUAAUAUAAUGGCUGUCAAAAUAGUUGCUGGUUUUCUAGUGGUGUUGUUGGCAGUGUCUACCCCUGCAUUUGCUAAUGAUCCUGAUAUGCUCCAAGAUGUUUGUGUUGCUGAUUCCACCUCUGGGGUGAAGGUGAAUGGAUUUGCAUGCAAGGCAGCAGCAAACAUAACAGGAGAAGACUUCUUCUUUGCUGGAAUAGCCAAACCCGGUAUGACAAACAACACCAUGGGAUCUCUAGUAACUGGAGCCAACGUCGAGAAGAUACCGGGACUUAACACACUUGGAGUAUCCAUGGGCCGUAUCGACUUCGCCCCUGGUGGUCUUAACCCACCCCACACCCACCCAAGGGCCACGGAAAUGAUAUUCGUCUUGUACGGAGAAUUAGACGUUGGUUUCAUAACUACUUCAAAUAAGCUCAUUUCUAAACACCUUAACGUUGGUGAAACCUUUGUGUUUCCAAGAGGGUUAAUCCAUUUUCAACAAAAUAAUGGUAAAAAACCAGCUGCAGUAGUAACUGCCUUCAACAGUCAAUUGCCUGGCACCCAAUCAGUAGCCGCCACGUUGUUUACCUCGACCCCACCUGUCCCAGAUCAUGUUUUAACAACGGCUUUCCAAGUUGGUUCCAAGCAAGUUCAAAAGAUUAGAGAUAGGCUUGCCCCUAAGAAGUAAUUAAAUACUCCGUAUAUAAUUACUUCUUAAUUACCCUUUAAUUUUUGUGGAUGGAUAUUCAAUCAUGUGUAUGUAAUGAAUCGAGUAAUAAUAAGGGGGAGAUCUGAUGUCUUGAUUGGUUAAGUUUAUAAUAUAGAGAUCUGAUAAAUAAGAAAUUGAAUAUUAAUACAUUUGUGAACGUGCUU